AUGAGGCCAGAGGAGGAGCCUGGGUAUCAGACACCGCCCACCUGCGAUCUGCUCGGCCUUCUGCUGAAGAACAGACGGCCCACUGGUGCUGUCAACGAGGUUUGGCCCAACCUCUGUGUUGGAGACGCGGCCACUGCUCAGGAUAAAUCCCUGUUAGCGGAUCUGGGGAUAACACACGUGGUGAAUGCUGCUGAUGGGCCACAGCACAUUGACACAGGGCCAUGUUUCUACCAAGACACUAACAUAGUCUAUUAUGGAGUGGAGGCAGCAGACAGCAAAGAUUUUAACUUGAGCCCGUUCUUCACUGACGCUGCUGCGUUCAUCCAUAAUGCUCUGCUCCAGCAAGGUAAGGUGCUUGUCCACUGUGCCAGAGGAAUCAGCCGCUCAGCCACCCUUGUAUUAGCCUUCCUCAUGAUCAAAGAGAGGCUAACCCUUGUGGAGGCGAUCAAGGCGGUUUGCGGGCACAGAAACAUUCUCCCAAACGCCGGAUUUCUGGACCAACUCCGUCACCUGGACUCCUUGUUGGCCCUGGAGAGGAAGGAGAAGUAA